AUGGUCGCAUGUGGCUUGCAACUUCAAACACUGGAACUGGAUCUCGAGGACAUUGGCGACGUGUCCUACUAUUUCGGUCCAGAGUUGCUGGACUACCUCAAGAGCACAAAGACACUCAACACAUUCAGGUACAACCAGCAGUUGUCACCAGAGACCCUCCUUUUCCUCUUUCAAUCACCAGAGAGCACGAUCAGAAACCUGUCACUCGUACAACGCCCGACUUACCAUUACGACUACCCAACAGUAUCCAACCACCUCCACAAGUUGUCUAUCAAACUGUUUGAGAUAGAUGCGCAGGAUGAACAGUUCAGCGAUGAGUUCCUUAAAUCGCUCAGUAAUGUUGAUCACAUCAAGACAAACAUGUUGAACAAGUGUGCCCUAAUUGUAGAUAACAACAGAGGAUCCAUAUCAAUCUCCUUACCAUUUGGCUCUAUUGUUGAUGAUGCGUUUGGUGACCUCAUUGAUCAACUAAUGAGCAACACAACCAUCUCCUUUAUCUACAACAUUGUUUCGGAAACUCAUAUUCAUGGCAACGCUCAGUCAUGGACUGACUAUGACCAUAAGUUGAUGUGCAUCCAAAAGGUAGUUGACAAGCAUCCGUCCAUCAUCAACAAGUCCACCUGGCACUGGCAGUUGUUAUUAUCUUGA